UCCGGCGACUCAGUUCACAUAUCGCCCGAUAAAAUCUAAGUCGGUUUCUCAACGAGUAAACCGUUUACGCUACAACGAUUCAAUGAGUUCCAACCGAAUUCGAUACAACGAGACGCUUAUGUCUCAUCGGAUCCAGUUUUCCAACGACUCUCAAGCUGCACAACCCGAUUUGCCUUUCUCAGUUCGGCCACUUCGCAAGUCAUCCAAACCACCGUCAUUGAUCCUGCUGCCAUCGAAAUUCGAACUGAAACGACCGGAAUCAUCGAUUGCGGCUCCCUUCAAGCACGCUUUCAGUCAGGAUUACGAAGAGGUCGUCCAGAUUGUCCCCGAAGAUAUCGCUCAUUACGAAGAUUUCCAGCCCGCAGACAUUCCGCGACCACCCCGAAUGUUCAUGAAUCACACUCUGGGAAGGCAUGUUGGGGCGGCAGAACAAAUACCAUCCCAAGCUGUCAAUGCAACCGUUCACGAGGACCUUGAGGAUGUGGAGUAUCACUACGACGACGAGGACUUCAGUCAGCAUGUGGGCGUGCCCAAGCCUUCCGUCCGACGUCGCCACAAUGUCACCGGACAGGGAUUUCAACGGCUGCGCCAUAAUGCCACACUGCAAGGACCAGUCUACGAAGAACCUGCGCCGGUUUAUUUGAUUCCCAGUUCCUCUGUCGCUCCUACUGUCGCAUUGCGUAAAAAGGUCACGAAAUCCAAAUCGCACGUGACAACCAAAGGACCCACCAAAAGAAUGCGAUACACGGACUCUCUGCCUCAACGUCGCACGCCAUCGCGUCGCUUGCACAUUGAUGACAACUUCGUUGGUCUCGAUAAGUUGCGUCACACCAAUGUAUCCGGUAGUGAUCGGCUUAGUUUCCACGAUAGCGUCCGCACUGUGGAUCGUCCGGGUGUUUUUCCUGCUCCAGUAAGACGGAACGCCUCAGCACGAAGCAGAGCAAAAUUGCCUUUAGGAAAUCAACCUCGGUAUCGAUACGGAAAUUUUACGAGAUUGCCCAGUCGUAUACCACCGACUGCUGUACCAACGAUGUACACCGUACUUGACUUUUUCGAGAUGUCAACCCCCGGGAAAAUUGAGAGCACUACCAUGGAACCCGGACUGCAUAUUAACGAUACGGCAACUGGAAACGAUCGUCUCUUACACAUUGAAAAUAAUUAUGCGCAAGACGGAAUCAGUUUUGGUAACGACACAUCGUACCUUGAGCUACAGUUGAGCACUGCUUACCCACCGGUACAAUUGCGAAGAAAUUACACUUCGAAGCCGGUCGGAAUUACGCGUCCUCCACGGAUUUCGGUUGGGACUUAUCUAUUCAACUACACUGCUAAAUACCAUAGAACCGCUGCGCCUUACCUGGAGCCUAACCCCGAGCGAUUACGCUUUGAUGAUUCACGGUGGGCCGAUGACCUGUCGCGGCGUAAUGAAACCUUUACCCGUCCUGUCGCGCAUCUGACCACAAAACCGUACCGCCUGUACGCAAAUGCUACGGAUUUACAGCGACUGAACGACAGCGGACUGUUUGAUGAAGAAGUGUUCACCGUUGCUCCUGUGUUUGAUCGAAAUGCUACGCUGAUGUAUAAGCCGCCAACACGAUCACCGAACAUCACUGUGGUCUUGCCUUCCGCGCAGGAGAUGACGGAACACGAUGAGGACUACAUUUACGAUUACGAAGAAGGAAGAGUCCCUCACAACGUAGCGGGAAUGGCUAAGCCCGGUCUUUCCCGCCGUAAACACAUGAAAAAUUACCGGGAAUCACGCCUUCGCCACAACAUGAGCCUCACCGAUCGUAUCCGCUACAGUGACCCUUCUAGUGCACCAGAGCGAAUCCGCUUCGAUGACGUCAAGACUGUUCACGAACUACCGUUCCAGCUGAACACCUCGCUACUUUCCCAGCCAGCCGCUCCUGCAUCAUUCAACCAAGUGGUCCCUGUUAACGAAACUGCAGUAUCCAGAAUGAGACACGAUGACACUGAGGCGGUUUCCGACAGAAUGAAGUACACCAACCAGACGUACUCGGUGAACCCCAGAUUAGCACAAGACCCAGAAGUCUUGGAUUUGACUGAAUAUGGCGAAAUUGAUGAGGUUCUCAGGUUGCGAUUUGAGGACACGCUGGGAUUAUCCGACCGUAUAAAAUACCACAACAGAACCGGCAUUACCAUGGGCCCACAUUAUACCGACAUGUUGUCUGAAUACCCGUUUUCAUCGGAAGCACCAAUGUACAGCGCUGUGGACGAUGGCAAAGCCAGGAUGCGACACAACGAUACUAUGGUAUUUGUAGACGAAAACCGGUAUGGUGGUACCACAAAAGCAUAUAAGCCCAUUUUCAAUCGCACGCUACCGUAUGCCAGUCUGCCGCCAACACUGCCUCCUCUGGUGUACAAACCACGUACCAAUGAUAGCCGGAUGAGGAUCGGCGCGUUGGACGAGCCGCAAAGGAUGUCGCAUAUGGAUGACCUCUCGGCUCACGAAGUACCGGCGCCCAUUGCUUCACAACAGUUCACACCUGUGUACGCGCCGAUACAGCAACUGUCCUUACGCAUCGAUGCGACUGCGGAAACAAUUCAUCGACUGCAACAUGAUGAAACCUUAGGCGUCCUGAACCGUACCACAUACGACGAAAGUCUGGAUGCACCUGAAGCUCCUGGAGCCUAUAUUGGUCAACCAAUGACUGGCGCUGCUGUGACCGCACCUGUUGCCUUGAUAGAUAUGACGUAUCAACCUUUUACUAAUCGAAGUGCAGUUUAUAGCCACCGUUUGAGUUCCGCAGAACUACACACCGAUGACGUCCAUGAAGUCGCCGCACCCAUGAUAAACACAAGCCAAAGUAUAACUGCUACCGCUGCGAUCCCGGUAUUCCGCGCCGCGCCAAUGCGUUAUGACGACACCGUACUCACAGAUAACCGUAUAAAACAUAACGAGACACUGGGCAUUUCCAGCCGAAUGGUGUAUGAUCAAGUUCUGGAAGAUUCGGAAGCUUCUGGUCCAGCAAUCGAACCACAGAGAACAGCAAUAGCCACUACUUCCACUCUGCUUGAACCCUCACCGUUCGCGCCGGCGUCUAACAGGAGCCGACUAACAACGGACCACACCGGCGAUCAAGACAGACUUUCACACAUGGACGAUUUGAAUGCGCACGAAGCUGCUGCUCCUUUCACAACCCACCGCGUUCAGUUUGCUCCACCGUAUGGUCUUGCAGCAACCCAAGAACCACGCCACAACGGAACCGCUGCCCGUUUACGGCACAAUAUAACUUUGGGAUUUGCAGAUCAUCCUGAACAGAGUGGAAUUCCGGAAAUUGCGAAAGUAUUUCGCCCAGCUUUUGUACCGCAGCCUCCUGUUAUGGUCGUUCCAUCAGCGCCGUCGCUUCCUCUAGCAAGCGUAAUAUACAUACCUGCCGUGAAUGGCAGUAUUGCCUACAGUGAUCGCCUGCGAUUCCACGACACUGCCGGACAAGAUCGGCUGUCUCAUACAGAUGACCUCUCCGCACACGAAGCUGCCCUACCAGUACCGGUCUCUGCUGUUUACAGCGAUCGACUGCGAUUCCACGACACUGCUGGAGAGGAUCGGCUUUUCCACACGGAUGACCUUUCGGCUCACGAAGCUGCCGCACCAACCUCCGCUGUUUACGACGAUCGGCUGCGAUUUCACGACACUACUGGACAAGCUCGACUGUCUCAUAUAGGUGACCGUUCUGCACACGAAGCUGCCGUACCAGUACCGGUUUCCGCCGUUUACAGCGAUCGACUGCGAUUCCACAACACUACCGGACAGGAUCGGCUAUCCCACACGGAUGACCUUUCAUCCCACGAAGCUGCCAUACCGAUCUCCGCUGUUGCAUUUGUUACGCCGGCAAGUCCUGGUGGAAUGAACUCUACAUACAAGAAUUCCAGCGUCCAAAGACUGUCCAACAUGGACGACCUCCAUGUUCCAGAAACCGCUCCAUUACUUUCUCUAAAUCAGCCGCCACCCAUGCGCUAUGUUCCCGUAGAGAUCCGCAGCAGAGUACGCCAUAAUGAUAGUGUUGGAGUCAGCAGUCGCUUAGGCCACAAUGAGACGUUUGGUGUUGCAGAGCGACUGACAUAUGAUCAGACCUUGGAGGUUCAAGAAGGGCAUAGCCCGGUCCCUGCGCUGUUGCCGGCCGUUCAAUCAACAGCUGCGGCAAGACUCUUUACAGACGCACCAGACCAGCUAAAACGCACUGAUCUUGAGACGAUAGAAGACGGCAGAUCAGACCAGUAUCCCACUUUUCAGCCGGGUGUCCGUUUAGUACAAUACGUUGAUGAUGGCGUGGCCCGGUUGCGGCACAACCAGACGCUAAGUUCCGAUAGAGUUCAGCAUGAUGAGCACGAUUUCGCCUAUAUUGCAGUCAACGCGUCUCUCUCACGGCUUCCCGGCAUUCAAGUUGGUCUGCCGGAAAUACCCCAGUUACAAGUUGGCGCGGACGUUCACCCACUGGAUGAUCGCCUGGCUUACCAUCACCUCUCCCAAAUAAACCAUUUCACGUUGCCUGAACAGCCACGAGACAAUCGGUUAAAGCAUGAUUACAUAUUGGCCCCAGAAAGCGACCACCAAGAGUUUCAACCCCAUUUUCCUGCUUUCAUCCCAGUCUUACGUCCGGGAGUGCAUCACGGCAUUCCAUCACAGUAUCCCGCGGACAGACUUCGUUUCCAACCUUUUGCGCUAUCUGACGGCAUUCGGCAUAACCACAGUUUUGGCCCACCCGAGAGAAUGCGAUACAACGACGACAUGCGCGUCCCGGAGUUACCGUACGUUGCGCAACCGCAGAAUAUUAGAACGGGAUUUGCCACUGAUUACCUCCCGUCUGUCGGGUUGUAUCCAAUUGAAACUGACGCGUAUCGUCAGGCCUGGCAACCGAGUACCUGGACGUUACCAGACGACCUCUCUCCGCAAAUACCGGAUAUCGACAUGGAUACUGGGGUCACCCCAUUCUAUGCACAGAAUGCAACGGUAAGUCCGAUUGCCGGCAUUUCCGCCCAAGCGACACCCGCGCCAAUGCGAAAUGUAACCAAACACCGAGACCUGCACGAAACUGAUUACACCGACAGCGCCGACUAUCCCAUCGAAGUCCACCGCAUGCCGAGGACGACACCGUUGCCGCAGCGUCUGCGCGACCAUCCAAACGUCAUUGAGCGCCUGCAGCAUAAUGAAAGCAUCAGCGAGCAAGAUCGUCUGAAGUUUCAGGAAGGUUUCAAACCCGACAACUACUCUGAACAACUACCACCCUAUCAGGGUAUUCCUCCUAACCAAAGCGCGUUAGGCUACGUUCCGGAUCGUGACCGUCUUGGCAUAAAUGUGACUUCCUGGACAGACAACAUGUUGCCUGAAUUUUCUUGGUUACCGUAUUAUCCGGGCGCGUAUUACCAGAACGCGUCCCUUCCACCGGUUUUGGAAUCGCCAAAACCCACGUACGCACAAGUGGUUCCUUCGGCCAGCCGACUGGUCUACAGUCGCGAUGACCAUCCGACAGAAGCCCUGCGACCUAUUCCAACCCUCCCGGUACAACAGAAACCCAUCGAAGCCUACCAGCCAGUUCCUACCAUCCCGCGCAUUACGUAUCACGAUGCACCUAUCGUGUUUGAUGGUUUGAGAUCUCAAUACGAUGUUCCGGAGAGAUUGCGCCAUUUUGAAAGCCUGCCGGUACCGGAAAUCCUGCCGACCGUCAACGUUACAUUGCAACGCCCGGUAUUACCUUAUAUUCCUGCUAGCAUUUAUCCCGAACUUCACAACGAAUCGGAGCGCACGUAUUUCACCGAGCAAUCGAAAUUCGAGGGACCAGGUUUACCGCAACCGCAGCUUACCGCUGACCGUAUGAAGUACAGUGAACACUCUGGCCAGCCAAUGGAACACGAAGAAGCUCGAUCUCCGCAUGUGCAGAAUAUCUCACUAAGUCAGCCACAACGAUAUCCACUUCCGACUCUGAGUGCUGCCUUACCGCACAUCCCUUCGACUCCUUUCUGGACCAAUGCUACCGUUGCGUCACCACGGCACCCCGAUUUUAUUCCGCCCUUGAGAAACAUUACGUCGACGGUGUCGGCAUUUGUGCCGGUUCCACUACAUCCAGUUCAUCCUGGUAGCGACCAAAUAGUUCCAGUUAUUCCCACGCAAAACGUUAGUAUGGUACUACCGAGAGCUCAGCGGAAGUUUGGCCAUUCCGGCGAUUUUGAUGGAGCUCACGGCAUGAACCGACUCCGACAUAAUAUCAGUUUGGAGGAAUAUCACAAGGAACCCGCCAUGCCGGUCACACAGGGAGCACCAAAAGCUGUGUUCCCUAACACCAGUUAUAUGGAGGCGCAGCGGCAUGAUGCUCCUCCAGGCACGACGGCUGACACCUUUUUACUGAGCCCCCAGAAAUUCUCUCCGACAAACCAAACGUUCUUUACAGAGCUGCACCCGAUCCGCCCUACGGAAAUUUUGCCCAGUCCCACUGCGCCUCUUUUUAUCGGCAAAAUGAACAUUUCAAAGAUCACAGACGAAGAUGUAGCGCAGAAAAUCCGAGCGCAACAAGCUAAACCAUACAAGCAUCCAAAUAAAUAUAUGCUGUCGAGAGAAGCCAUGAAUGACGAGCUUGUGGAAUCGGGAUAUGACGAAAAGGCUAUGUUUGUCUUCCCACCAAGAUAUGCGCCAUCAAUGCGCGAUCACCGUAAAAUGCAUGAACAUGUCACUCGCAAACGGCCCCUGGCUCAACGCGAUCCCGUCGAAGGGGACUACGAAGAGAAAGAUUCACUACUGGAAGCGGAUGUUGCGGCUGAAAGUGAUACAGAUACCACGUACGACCAGUUGGAACCGGAAAGCCAUGGCGCAGAUUACGGCGACUCACUCCAAGUUAGCGCGGUUGAAAAGUCGAAGAAAACCCAUAGCAAAGUGAAAGUCACCGUGCUUAAACAAAAAGCUGGAAAGGAUGGACAGACGGACCAAUCAGGCACAUUUGAUCAGCAAGAAGCCUACCCGGAAAAAUCCAAUCGCUUACGGUACUACGAAGAUGACGAAGUGGAGAAUACAAAGGAACUACAGAGCUCGAGAAGUAAACACAGAAAACCAGCGAAAGAGCCAACGCCUUCGGCACCACCGACCGAAGCGUCUAACAACCUGACAGUGCAAGUCCGACUGAAGAAUGUCGUCAAGGUCAUUAAGGGCGGAAAGCGGGCUCAGCUUCCCUUGUCACCGUACAGCACAAUGAUUGUACCAGAACUAGUGCCGAAUCCAAACAAUCUGUCUUUGCCCACGGUCAACACGAAGAUCCACGAAGUGACCAUUCAUAACCGCUCGGUUAAUGCAGCGGACAAUGUGGUGCUGAAUGUUAACGCUUUUCUCGGCAAUGAUUCCACAUCCACCAUGCAUUCUGUGAAGGUUAAAUUGGUACAGUCGAACAAUGCACCGAUGGCCGAAGCGUGUCGGAAUCGGCUCCGGAUAGAAAAUAGCGAAUACGUCAGACACGUUUACUGCUACCGCAACUCCACGGAUGUGCCAAUCAAAGUAGUCGUUACCGGUGGAAGUGGCGCGUUUAGCUUUUCGAUAAUCAAGGACUUCAGAGGGGUUCAUGACGGCCGACGCUUUCGAUUUGAAGAAACCGGAGGUGACCUUUAUCCAAAGGUUUCCGUAAGGCCCGACGUUGGAGCCAACGAUCCGAACUACCUGCGACCCGAUCACGAGUAUCACGUCCCAGUGCGGGUGGUGGAUGAUGUGUGCGAAGAUUCCGUCGAGACAUUUUUAUCCAUAAGCUACAUGUGUCGCCGAUCACGACGCUUCGGUUAGCCAAGUUGUCUCACCGCCAUGUUAAGUAUUUUUUUGUCGUUAUAUGCUGAAGCGCUUUGUGUUUCGCGGUUCCGCAUUCAUGAUGUUUUGUUUUGUCA